CCGAGGGGGAAGCGGAGGGGGCGGGCGGAGGAAAGGAAGCCGCCGAGGGGACGCGGAACAUGACACACCGCCGACUCCUCUCCGCGCGACGAAUUCUCCUGGAACUUCCAUUGUCGCGGGGUUGUUUUUGUUUUGUUUUUCAACACGCACCCCCCCGAAGGCCUUUUGUUCUACAGUGAGCGGCUGAGGUGAGUCCCCUCGGCGGGGAACACCGCCGACGACGCGCCGAGUGCAGCUAGCCGCCCGCCGCUGGAGCUAGCCGCCGAGCUGCUGUGGACACGACCCUGUUUGUUACGUUUUGUAGCUCCAGGAAUCGCAGCAUCCGUCCUUUCAGAUAAUUUGUCCGACUGGGCCAAAUCGGGUUGGCCGGGGGACGAGAGGGGGUCACCGGGGCCAUGCAUCAGGGGUGAGGGGGACUCACAGCGGGGGAAACACACAGCGUCGGGUGCGGAGGGGUUCGGGGCCGGUCGGUGCGGAGAUGAAGCUCAAACAGCGCAUGGUGGUGCUGUGUGCCGUGCUUCUCCUGCUGGGCCUGGCCAAGAUCUUCCUGCUGGACGGAGGUGAAGGAUCCGCAGCCAGCAGACGGGACCUCAGAGCGUUCCGCAAGAUGGAAGCUGUCCUUUCUCUGUCCCGCGGAGCUCGCCUCACCCACACCCUCCAGUCUCCGUGGGAGAUAGCAAGCCAAUGGGUGGGCCCAAGAGAGGUGUACCCGGAGGAGACCCCGGAGCUGGCUGCCGUGCUCACUGCCCUCAGCACUGCCAGGAUCGAGCGGGCAGACGUGGGCUACAAGGGCACUCAGCUCAAAGCCCUGCUGGUUCUGGACGGGGGACAGAAAGUGGUCUUCAAACCCAAAAGAUACAACAGAGACUAUGUUGUUGAAGGCGAGCCAUACGCAGGCUAUGACAGACACAACGCAGAGGUGGCGGCUUUUCAUUUGGAUAGGAUCCUGGGGUUCCGGAGAGCACCUCUCGUGGUGGGGCGAUACGUCAACCUGCGGGCAGAGAUCAAACCCGUGGCCACAGACCAGCUGCUCAGCACCUUCCUCAUGCAGGGUAAUAAUACCUGCUUCUACGGGAAGUGUUACUACUGUCGGGAGAGUGAGCCGGCCUGUGCGGAGGGAGAGAUCAUGGAGGGAGCGCUAACCCUUUGGCUGCCAGAUGUCUGGCCGUUGCAGAAGCACAGACACCCCUGGGGACGCACAUACAGGGAGGGGAAACUGGCCAGGUGGGAGUACGAUGAGAGUUACUGUGAGGCCGUGAAGAAAAUGCCCCCGUACGAUGCAGGGCCGAGGCUGCUGGAUGUCAUAGACACGGCCAUAUUUGAUUAUCUCAUCGGGAACGCUGACCGCCAUCACUAUGAGAGUUUCCAGGACGACGGCGGUGCCAGCAUGCUCAUCCUGCUCGACAAUGCAAAAAGCUUUGGGAAUGCAGCUCUGGAUGAACGAAGCAUCCUCGCACCACUCUACCAGUGCUGCAUGGUUCGUGUGUCCACUUGGAACAGGUUGAACCUCCUGAGAAGUGGAGCGCUGAGUUCGGCUAUGCGGCAGGCUCUGGCGUUCGACCCCAUCCACCCGGUCAUGGCUGAGCCGCACCUCGCAGCCCUGGACAGGCGUCUGUCUGGAGUCAUAGCAACUGUUAAGCAGUGCAUGGAGGCGCAGGGCCCCGACAACACUCUCAUAGAGGACCGAAUCAACCCCCCGCAUCCGUAGAAACAAGGGAGAGGAGAAAAUGGCAAAAAAAAAACUGGGGAACUGCCCCGGACUUUAUUUCCUGAGCAUGGAGAAGACGAGGGGGGCGUGGAGGCAGGCGACUGAGCAAACGGAGCAGAAGAAAGAGAUACAGAGUGAGUGAACGACAAGGUGGAACAAAGACUGUGCAUUUCUUCCACCCUUGUCUGUCACUCUGACAAGACUGGCACCACCGGAUUCCAAGUGUUGGAACUGUUUCACUCUUCAGCCAUAGAAAACGUUCUCUCAGGACUAUUGUGCACAUGAGAACAGGAUCUGCUGUGAGAACACCGCCGUCUACUGCUGCUGGUUGUGACCACUCUCCUGCUGUGAUACUCCCCACCGUCCAGCUUUAUGUUUGGAGACAUGAUCUAAAAGGAAAAGUUUGCGCUCAGAGAGACGCGGGGGGAAUGGAUUUGAAAUGAGCCACCAACAUCUGGAUAGAAGACACUGUUCAGUCAGUUUUUCUGGGCUGUUAGGCGUUUACAGUCCAAGAAACUGAACAUCUGUUUUAGAACUGAUUUCCCCUUGAACUCAAAUUUUACUUUGACUGGAGAGAAAAGGGAUUCAACUCAGCCCUACCCCAUCCGUGUGUACAUAUUUAACUAAGUAGAGACGUAGAAUAAUGGGAAGAGGAUAUACAAUUGUGGAUAAUAAUAUUAAAUAACCUUAAGGAUGUGCGUGUGUGUGUCUGUGUGUCCGAGUGCCAUAUUAUGCAGUAAAUAAGAAAGCUACUGACAUGACAGACUUGAAGUGGGGGGGACAGGACGGGUGUGUGGGUUCACUUCAGCAUUAAACUAUGAUCUAUUUCA